UGCCUAUUGGCUCUGAAGACCCAAGUCGUCCUUUUAUUCAAGUUUCGCGGCAACGCCUCUCUUCUCUCUCUAUCUCUCUCUCUAUUUCAUCUAAAUAAUCCUUUUUUCUCUCUCUCUCUGUUAAAACCUCUUUCGUAUUUCUCACCGAUCUCUCGAAGAAGGUUUUCGAGCUUCAUCUCCUCCGAGUUCUUCUCUGUGCGAUUCGACGCCGAUUCUCUUUGAGCUGCGUAAUCGAGGAACCAGCAUAUGGCGCCCAGUAGGAAGUCGAAGAGUGUUUACAAGCGCUUCACCAAAGAAGCCACUCCAGAAAUAGAUUUCAGGAACUCUAGCAAAAUAAAGCAACGGAAGAAGAAGUUGACUGACAAGCUGGGACCUCAGUGGACAAAAGGAGAGCUUGAGCGUUUCUAUGACGCCUAUCGGAAGCAUGGGGGAGACUGGAAAAAGGUAGCUGCUGCAGUGCGGAAUAACAGGUCCGUUGACAUGGUGGAAGCUCUUUUUCAUAUGAAUCGGGCAUAUUUAUCCCUGCCCGAGGGAACUGCGUCUGUGGCUGGCCUCAUUGCAAUGAUGACUGAUCAUUACAGCGUCAUAGAGGGGAGCGAAAGUGAAGGAGAAGGCCAUGGUGCUUCUGGAGUACCGGUGAAACAUCAGAAGCGUAAACGUGUUAAAGUUCCGCCUAGUGAUUUUCGAGAAGAAGUUAUUCCACCACAUUCAAUUGCAUCAACAGAAGGAUGCCUCUCGUUUUUUAAGAUGACACAAGCUUAUGGAAUUGAGAGACGUGCCACUGCGAAACGUACACCUCGGUUUCCUGUACCAAGUGCAGACAAGGGGGAUGAUAGAGAAGGUUCUACUCCACGAAAUAAAAGAGCCAAGAAACAACUUGAUGCCGAUGAUGAUGAUGAUGACGAUGAGACACUAGCUUUAGCAUUGGCAAACGUAACAAGAAGUGGAGGAGGGUCUCUAUAUAGAAAAACAAAACUCAAUGACAGCACGCCAAGUGGGAAAAUGUCACAAGCAAAGGAUGCUCAAUCCAAGUACCGUGCUAGCUCCAUGUUUGAGAAUGGGGUGAAAAUAAGCCGAGAUAGGAGGCAUAUAAAGGAUAUGGGAGGGGUUGGUACCGUGGAGGUUCGCCAGAAGGAGAUAGAAGUGAGUUUUGAAGAAGCAGAAGGAUUUGCUUCUGAUGACAGCGGAGAAGCAUGCAGUGCCAAUGAGAGACUCAGAUCUAAACCGCAGAAAGGAUUAGAAGAAAAUGAAGCCUCAAGAGAUGAAUUAGAAGCUCUGUAUGCAUUGUCAGCUUUACUGCCUACGGCUGGUUUGAUGAAAUCAGAAUCACCCGCCCAGUCGAAAGAAGAAAGAGUACUUAACAACGUGGAUGAGAAAUCUAACACUCCGGUAACCGCAUCCACAAGCCAUCACAGAGAAAAAGCAAAACAAGCAGGACCCGAAGAUAGUCACCUUCAUGGAAUUUCAGUUGCUAAUAAUAGAAAAUUGAAGUCUGCGCAGGAACUCGUUGGUGGUAAUGCUGUUUCCAUAGGGGAACUUGGCACUUUAAGAAGAAAACGUAAACCUCUACAUUAUAAGGAUUCGGCUGAAGAUGAUCAUUUGAAGACUCUGGUCAAAGUGAGACGUGCUGGUGAAGGCCCAGUUAAACAGUUGAAAAUUUUAAAGACCUCGGAAGAAUCUUCUUCAAUUAGUGAUAAGAAAAUAACUGUACCGGAUGCUGUAGUGUCAGCUACACAAAUUUCAGGUUCGGGUCCACCGAGUUCUCCGAAGAAACCACCACACUGGCGUAAGAUGAGUUUGAAGAAAAGUUUACAAGAAAGAGCUAAAUCUUCUGAAACCACUCAUGACAAGCCACAUAAUUACGAAACUUUGUCAAAACAUGAAUUAUUAAAGGAGGAGGUAUCGACUUGUCUGUCAUAUCCAUUGGUACGUCGAAGGUGCAUAUAUGAAUGGUUCUACAGUGCUAUUGACUAUCCAUGGUUUGCAAAAAUGGAGUUCACUGAUUAUCUAAAUCAUGUGGGGCUUGGUCACGUUCCAAGACUUACUCGUCUUGAAUGGAGCGUCAUUAAAAGUUCUCUUGGUAGACCUCGGAGAUUCUCUGAGAGGUUCAUACAGGAAGAGCGGGAUAAACUCGAGCAGUAUCGUGAAUCUGUGAGAAAGCAUUAUACAGAGCUCCGUGCAGGUGCUAGGGAAGGGCUUCCUACAGACUUGGCCCAGCCUUUAUCAGUCGGCAACAGAGUCAUUGCCAUCCAUCCUAAAACACGGGAAAUUCGUGAUGGCAAGAUUCUUACUGUGGAUCAUAACAAGUGCAACGUUCUGUUUGAUGAAUUGGGCGUUGACUUGGUUUCGGACAUUGAUUGCAUGCCUUUAAAUCCACUGGAAUACAUGCCAGAGGGUCUAAGGAGGCAAAUGGAUAACGGUUUGUCAAUAAGCAAAGAAGCACAGCUUAACAGACACCCAAACCCUGAUGCAUCUGUUCUGUUCCCUCCUUCUGUGCUUGAAAAUGUCAACGUUUCCAUGAAUCCUCCUCUGAAACAGGUAAACAAUUGUCGGUUGACUGACUCAAUUGGCGAACAUCAGCCAUUAGAUAACUCUAUAACGACUACCAAUGGCAGCUUGGAUCAUCAUCAUCAAAGCUCAACCACAGCAGAACUGAUGACCCAAGGAUUGAUCGGAUCAAGGAAAAACGAAACACAAAUGGCUUCAGAGCUUAUCAGCUCUUGUGUUUCAACAUGGCUCAUGAUUCAGAUGUGCACAGAGAAGCAGUACCCACCAGCUGACGUGGCUCAGGUGAUGGAGACAGCAGUGAAUAGCUUGCAGCCACGGUGUCCCCAGAACAUGCCGAUCUACAGAGAAAUUCAGACUUGUAUGGGAUGGAUCAAGAAUCAAAUCAUGGCUCUUGUAAAAACAUGAACAUAAAGGUUGAGAGUCCUUUAUUAAUUAACCUGACAUCUUCAUCUGAAGAAAAGAAAAGAUUUCAGAUUAUUAACUGUUUGGAUUGUAGAGAUUAGUUUAGUUUUAGUUAGUUAAUAACAGCUUCUUGAAAGUCACCAUUGAUUCUGUAACUUCGUAGCUCUUUGAGAAAUUCUAUCCUUGAGGUGCUACUUUUCUUGGGCCAGUUCGGGCCUUAAGAGCCUUUAAAAUAAAAUUAACAUAUCUUUCUCUCAUUUUUUUUUUCUCU